AUGGAUCCUUCUGAAGAGAGUUACCGGGCCACUGCAAAAAGAGACAGAGAAAUUUCUCCGUCAUCACACACUACCACAGCCUCUGAUCAGCAUUGCGAAGAUCUAUUCGUGGAACAAGAGGGAUACACGGACAGAUUCCUACUCGAUGCACCACAUUCAGACAGCGAGUCAGGCUACGAUUCACUUAGCGAUGACGAGUACUCCGAUGAUGGCUCUGAGCCGGAGAUGAGAGAAGAAGGUCAUCAGGUCACACUGAAGCCAACGGUGAACCCCAAAUCCCAGCAGAGGAAGAGGGCUCCAAGACGAAAGAAUGCCAGAGAUUACGUCGAGAGGGUGGUGAACGAUAAGAUUCUGAGAAGCCUGAGAAAUCAGAUACGAAAGGAACUCGCCAAGAAGAGGCCGAUCAGUUAUGAAGCUUUAGACAUUGUCCCCCCGAAGGCCAAAAAACCAAGACGAACGCGGGAGAUGGACUCGAAAGUAAUGUCGACAACCAGCCACCCCCCUGAAGGGUCCCAUUAUGCUAGCGAGACUCCUUCAAUUCGUCUACCUCUUAGUGAGAUGACAAAGGUUUCGAAUGCAGCGAGGCAGAAGGACAUUUCUCUUAGGAGGAAUACUGGAAGCGACAACCGCCGGAGUGGCACCCAGAGCCGAGACAUCGCGGAGGCUAUCAAGGUCUUCGGGCAUGGGAAGAUUGAGUGCUACACAGAUUUGGUGAACAAUAGCCGCCGCUACGGCCUCAAGGGCAUGGCCAAGAGCACAAAGCUUAUUGAGUGGCAAUUGACGCCAGCUGCUUGGAUGGUAAAAAGAGAGAAUGGUCUCGCACCGCCGUACGGCGGUGUUCUGGCCGACCAGAUGGGCAUGGGAAAGACGAUGGUGUCCUUGGCCUGCAUCGUUGGCAACCCUCCUCAGGAUGCCUCGCCAGACGGCUUCUCUGGGGCGACGCUGAUAAUUGCGCCCAAAGAGGUAGUUGCCAGGCAGUGGCAGCAAGAGAUUUCCGCUCAUGUGGAAUGCAUCGGCCCCAAGGAGGUUUACUUUUACAAGCGCAACAAUCAUGCGACUUCUGGCGGCGAUAUUUCGCGUUACAAGAUCGUCAUCACAACCUACCAGGAGUUGGUGCUCAGCCUCCCUUCUGAUCAAGUCAUGGCAGAUCUCAAAAAAGACUAUGAAGAAGAUGAAGAUUUUGGCAAGGCUUUCAGAGAAGUAGCUGGCGAAGUAUUCCAGGUCAGGUGGUACAGGGUCAUCUUAGACGAGGCCCAUGAAAUCAAAAACACGAACACAAAGGAAACAUUUUCCAUCGUCAAGACGCUCAGAGUUGAGAACAUGAAGACGAAGGAAAACUUCAAAGGCGCAUUUCCGGAAUCGUCAAUUCAACUUGACGCCCUGAUGUACGUCUGCACCUAUAGACGGACUGAAGAAGACGAGUUCCUCGGCGAGCCGAUCCUUAAGAACAUGAUGCCCUUCGAAACUGAAGUCAGAUGGGUUCAAUUAUCCAAGCAAGAGAGGUUGACCUACGAUCUGAUGACGGAAGCGUACGGCAAGUCUGAGGAUAAGAAAAUCAGAAAGAAACUCAAAAGCAUUCGUACGACUCGCCAGAGACAGUUCAUCUCACACCCCUAUGGCAUCGAGAAAGGCCUCAGGACGGAGCUCGCACCUGACCUGCUAGAACAUAUGUUCAACAGUCUGGGAGUCGUGAACGAUGGCAUGGCCGGGGAUGACGUUCCAACAGGACAAGAACUUUCCUUGCAAUCUCUAGUUCGUUACACACAUAAUGAGGCUAUGAUGAGCGUCAACACGUGUGGCAUUUGUGGAACAAAGAGCAUUCAAGAACCACACAUCAUCGACACGUGCGACCAUGUUUUCUGUCGCGACUGUCUUCGAGCCACAUGGCAGUUUAAAGCAAAGGAAGGCGUCUGCCAACAGAAGGGCUGCAAAACCGCCUACGAAAAAGAGAUUGAUGUCAGAAGAGUCAUGACUCUCGCCACUAAGGAGGCUGAAUGCGACAGACUGGAUGAGACCGAGGCCGCAGCACAUGCAUCGUCGUCAGUCCAGACUCCGUCUUCUGGUAGAGGAUUGAAGAGGAAGAAGACUGUGGGCAAGCCUUCACAGGCGGCAAGAGAAAAGCAGAAGAGGGCAUUCAUCAACAAGAAGUACGGGGCUGAUUUCAAUGGCGCGCUCCCAAAACUUUCAGACGAAGGCUUGUCCUUCAUCAAGCAGGGAAUGCGAGAAAACGACGGUGCGAUGCCCCUCGGCACCAAGCUCAAUGUGGCAAUCAACCUGAUCGUUCAGUACCAGCAAGAGCGAAUCAAAGUCUGGGACAAGAAUGAUAUCACCCAGAGAAAAUACGAAAUCCAGAGCCCAAAGACUAUCGUCUUCCACGAGUUCACCAAGACUGCCGUAGCUUUGGGUAUAGCUUUGAACGCCCUAGGUAUUACGUUUGUCUACCUCAAUGGGGGCUUGACAGAGACCCAGAAAAAGAAAGCCAUCGAGGCAUUUCAGGAGAACAAAGAUAUCAAAGUCUUGAUCGCAUCCUUCAGAAUCGGCGGUCAGGCAUUGAAUCUUACUUGCGCAAGCAAGAUAAUCCGCAUCGACUCGUGGUGGAACGAGUCGGCUGAAAAGCAGGCCGACGGCCGAGUCCACCGAGUCGGUCAGAUGCAAGUUGCGUCGUCGGUCGACAUAAAGGUCAAGGAUACCAUCGAUGAUCGUAUCCGCGAAAUACAAGCCGGAAAGUCCGAAAAGAUUGACCAUUGCCUCCAAGACGACGGUCACAGCAUCCCGCUCUUUAGCGAGCUUGAACUCAUCAAGUUGACAGCUCCACAACGAUACAAGGAGUUGGUCCAGUUGCAGCUUGACAUCAUCAAAGAAGAAGAUGUUGCAGAGAGAAUCGGGGUCCAAAGCUGA